AUGACCUCUGUUGAAUUUGAUCCUUUUGGGUUUACUGUGAAGGACAAUCUUCUGAGAUGUGAUAGCACGGGGGACCUCUAUCCAAUCACAAAUUUCGCCUGUCUUUCUAUGUUUUUUGCUCCAUCUGCCUUUUCUGCCAUUUCUUUGGAUCAGUGGCAUAAUCGUUUGGGUCAUCCGGGGAUAGAUGUAAUCAAGUCGCUUAGGCAUUCUGAUGGUUCUUUUGAGAGGCAUAAAGCCCGUCUUGUAGGUGAUGGCAGGUCACAGCGGGCAGGCAUUGACUAUGACGAGACAUUCAGUCUAGUUGUUAAACCAGCAACAAUCCGAAUAGUUCUCAGUCUUGCCGUGCCGCGAGCAUGGUAUCAGCGUUUCACACAUUAUGUUGCCUCCAUUGAUUUUAUUCAUAGCCAAAUGGAUAAUUCUCUAUUUAUAUACAAUUCUGGUUCUGAUACUGCUUAUCUUUUGCUAUAUGUUGAUGACAUCAUUUUGAUAACUUCAUCUGAUGAUCUCCGCAAAAAUAUCAUUGCCCGUUUGAAUUCGGAGUUUGCCAUGAAAGACUUGGGUCCUUUGCAUUAUUUUCUUGGUAUUGUUGUUCACAGGACUCCAUCUGGAUUAUUUCUGACGCAAUAUAAGUAUGCUUCGAAAAUUUUAGAGCAUGUGGGAAUGACAAACUGUAAACCAAGUCUUACACCUGUUGAUACCGCGGGCAAGAUGAGUGCUCAACCAGGCCCACUAUGUUCAGAUCCUCAAAAAUACAGGCAAUUAGCUGGUGCUCUUCAGUAUCUCACCUUUACCAGGCCUGAUAUCUGUUAUGUUGUCCAGCAGGUAUGUCUUUUUAUGCAUUCACCAACUGAACAACACAUGAAUGCCUUGAAAAGAAUCCUGCAUUACAUUAAAGGGACAAUACAUUAUGGUUUAUCUUUGUCCAAGUCCCCUAAACAUUCUCUUGUCUUUUAUAUGGAUGCGGACUGGGGAGGCUGUCCUGAUACUCGUCGUUCGACGUCUGGUUACUGUGUUUUUUUGGGUUCUAAUAUAAUUUCAUGGAGUUCCAAACGGCGACCCACAAUUUCCAAGUCUAGUGCUGAAGCUGAAUAUAGGGGAGUUGCCAAUGUAGUGUCUGAAUCUUGUUGGCUUCGGAAUCUUCUUCUGGAAUUGCAUUGUCCAAGCAGCAACCUUAGUUUAUUGUGA